AAAAAUCCCCAUUUCAAACAAAACGCAAAAAAAAAAAAAAUCGAAAUCCUGGUCGUCCUUAUCAAAAUCAGACCCAAACCUCAAGUUUUAGAAACCCUAGCCAUUUCCGCUCUUUCAUUCCCUGCAAAAUCAUUCCCUCUUCAAACACUCUCUCUCUUUUUCAAUUGAGCCAUCCGAUCUCUCUCUGUGUCGCCAUUUUCCAGAACCUUGAACGCCGCCUUUUGCCCGCUGCGAUCUCUGCCUUUUAGAUUCUAACAAUUUUCACAGUCUCGAUGGCUGACGGAAAACUCGAUCUACCUGAUGAUCUCAUGCCCUCAAAAAUCUGCUCUGACCACUUCCCUAAAGAUGAAGCUUGGGAUAGGAACUUGGAGGAGAAAGGACUGACGGGGCUACUUGAUGACAACAAAGAUCAACAAACUUCGGAGAGCAGCAUACCUCUGUCCCCACAGUGGCUUUACUCUAAAGUAGCCGAAGCAAAGACAUUAACUGUUGGAGCAUCUGGGGAUACAAAAACUCCGAAUUUGUUGCCUCAUGGAACCCCUGGCGACCCGAAUCUGAAAGAUAGUUGGCGUUUAGAUAGUUCUCAGGACAAGAAAGAAUGGAGGAGGACUGCACCUGAUCUUGAAAGCAGCCGACACUGGCGUGAAGAGGAGAGGGAAACAAGCUUACUUGGUCGAAGAGAUCGCAGAAAAGAAGAUCGUCGCACUGAUAUUUCUUCAACAAUGGAUGUUCCUGAAAAUAGGACUUUGUUGUCUUCAGAACGACGUCAAGAUGUUUGUAACCGUAGUUCAGGGCAUGAAUCUCGAAGGGACAACAAGUGGUCUUCGAGAUGGGGUCUUGAAGACAAAGAAAAGGAUUCACGAAAUGAGAAGAGGACUGAUGCUAAGAAGGAAGAUGCCCCUUCUGACAAACAAGCACUUGCCAGUGGGGGGCGCCCAGCUUCUGAGCGCGAGAAUGAUUCUCGUGAUAAAUGGAGGCCACGUCAUCGGUUGGAAUUUCAUGCAGGUGGGUCUGCUUCUUACCGCAGUGCUCCAGGAUUUGGUUUGGAGAGGGGACGAGUGGAGAGAUCAAAUGUGGGUUUUGCAGCAGGACGAGGAAGGCCAAAUUCCAAUGCAAGCCUACAAAUUGGGAGGCCACAAUCUGCUCCUGUUGUUGGAGCUCUUCCUGUGGAUAAAAACAUGACCCUUAAUGCGGGUUCCUAUCCAAGAGGAAAACUCCUUGACAUUUACCGCAAACAAAAGACUGCUCCAAAUUUUGACAACCUACCUGAUGAGAUGGAUCAUUUAUCCACAGUAACACAAAAAGAAAUUGUUGUGCCUUUGGCAUUUGUUCCUCCUGAUGCAGAGGAAAAGGCUAUCCUCAGAGAUAUAUGGAAAGGGAAAACUAUCAGCAGUGAAGUGGUCUACAACUCAUUUAUGGAUGCAAGUGAAGGAAAAGAGUGUUUCUCAGUUAACAGGAAGGAUAGUGCUGAACCUGGUGAGAAGGCUGCUGUAAACAAUAAUUUUGAGGGGAAUCAUGCUGAGACAUUUUAUGUGUCAGAUUCACAGAUGAUUAUGAGCAAGGAAAUGAAUAGUUCAAUAGAAGGUGGACAGAGAUGCAUGCCACCAUCUGAUGUAGAUGUAACCAAUGCUUUGGGGUCAGAUAGGGAGAUGGGUGGUUCCACAAAUUACAUGGAUGAAUUAAAAUCUUUUGAUAAUCGGCAAGUAGCUGAUUUGAAAAUGCAAAAGGACUCUAAUGUGAAGGACAAUGGAUCAUCCAUGAAAUUUGGAGUGGGCGAGCUUCCGGAAGAGUCAAGUUCUCUGUUUGGUUUUUCGUCACUACAGCCUAGAGUCGGCUGUAACCUGAUAAGCGUUGAGGGCAAUAUUGCUGCACAUUCACUGGAAAGUGCUAUCCCUCCUGAGGAUAUGAGCCUGUGUUAUCUUGAUCCUCAAGGGGUAAUUCAGGGACCGUAUUUGGGGAUUGACAUAAUUUCAUGGUUUGAGCAAGGUUAUUUUGGUACAGAUUUACCUGUUCGAUUGGCAAAUGCUCCUGAUGGGUCGCCUUUCCAAGAACUUGGUGAAGUCAUGCCUCACCUAAGAAUGAAUCCUGGUUCAGCCUCCAGUGUUAGUGCAGUUGCCAGAAUGCGAGUACCUGAUCGUUUUGAAGGGAGCUUGGAAGAGACCAUAUCUUCUUCUGCUUCUGCUUCUGCUCCUGCUCAGGGAUCUGCCAUUGGGCGUGAGCAGCAGCAAUCUUUUUCUCCUUUUGAGCCAUUUGGUACUAACUUUCAGUUAAGAGGGCCUUGUGAAAGUGGUCAUUCUGAGCACCAAUUUUAUGAAGAUCCAAACAUCCAUAAUUUUGCUGUUGCUCAAGCUGAUGAAAUCAUUUUUCCAGGAAGGCCUGGAAGUGCUGGUGCUGACCCUUUGAAAGUUUCUACUGAGAUGCAAGAUCCUUUGCGUCACCCUGCCAGUCAUUUAUCCAUUGCAAAUGAAUUUUCAAAAACCAAUGCACCUCAUCGAGGUGAUGAGUUGCUCCCAGAGGCUUGGUCUGAUGAUCAUAGAAGAAAUGCCGUGUUUAAUCCUAACAUUCAUCUAGGCACUACUGGUGCUAGGCCAUUAUCUCACAGGGACCAAGAACACAAUGGUUUGGACCUGGUACAGCACUUAAUGUCACAAAAGUUGCCCAAUGAACCUCUUCAAGAGAAAAAUAAUUUCUUUCAUGCCCUUCCACAUUCGACCGGAUUUGGUGUGGAGCACAUCCAUAGUUUUGAUCUGAUGCAGAGCAAGAAUCUCAAUCAUCAGCAGUCAGUCCAUCAUUCAGCUCCCCAUAUGGAACAUCUUUUGGAACUUCAAGUUGAACAGCAGCGGCAGUUAGAACUACAACGGCAGCAGCAUCAGUUGGAGCUUCAGAAGCAGCAGCAGUUGGAGCAUCAGCGGCAGCAGCAGUUGGAGCAUCAGCGGCAGCAGCAGUUGGAGCAUCAGCGGCAGCAGCAAUUGGAGCAUCAGCGGCAGCAGCAAUUGGAGCUUCAGCAGCAUCAACGUCUGUUGGAGCUUCAGCGGCAGCAGCAGUUGGAACUUCAGCAGCAUCAACGGCAGUUGGAACUUCAGCGGCAGCAGGAGCUUCGUCACCACCAAAUUGAACUGUUGCAGCAGUUGCAACAACAACAUCGACAGCAGCAGAAUUCUCAAUCUCAACAGAUUCUUCUUGAUCAAUUGCUGCAGCGUCAGAUUUCUGAUCCUGGCUAUGGUCAGGACGUAUUUGAAGCUGCUAGAGACAUCCAACUUGAUCAGGUUCAGUUACAAAGGCAUCUUCGUAGUGAAUUGCAGAAUAAUUCUCAAGCAUCAAGGCACCUGGAUCCAUCACUGGAGCAGAUCAUCCAAGCAAAGGUUAACCAGGGUGCAGUCCAAGGGCAACAGGCUGAUUUUUUGGAUUUCAUGUCGCAAGCAAAGUAUGGCAACAUGCUUCCUUCGGAGCAUCAGCUCCGUCUUCAACGAGAGCAGUUUCAAGUGCAGCAGUUAUCUAGGGCGCUGAGCCAACAAUUAGGAACGGAGGAGGAUAGACAACUUGCUGGUUCUUUGUCUGUAGAUGAAGUUGGUCAGUUUGUUAGGAAUCCUGGCAUUCAUCCCCAGGCUCAAUCAAUGGAGUUGAAUGGUUCAGAUCUUCACCAGAAGAGGCUUUCAUCUUUUGAAGAGCAAAUCAGCAAUAUUAAAAGGAAUCAUGCUUUGCGGGAGCAACAGCAGCGAGGGACUUUUGACCCCAGCCCUACAGCAUUUGCCAGGUCUGCUCAUUCUGCUGCUACUCCUGGGAUGAAAUUAGACAAUGUAAAUUCUCUAGAUAUUGCUGAACAUCUCUAUAUGCACUCUAACAACCAACUGGGUCCAUUUUCUUCUGGUAAUCACUCUUUUAGCCAACAAACUUUGGGUGAUGUGUACGCAUCUCGUCCAGAUUUAGUCUACCACUUUGGGAAAAAUGAGCAGCUAGAAAAUAGUUGGGCUGGAAAACAGAUGCAACAAUUAAAUCUUGAAGCAGAUUUGCAAAGAAGGGAGUCCGAAGUUGUUUCAAGCACUUGGGCAUCAGCUGGAGGGAUUCAUGAAAAGUCUAAGAAAGCUUUAAUGGACCUUCUUCACCAAAAACUUGGUAUUCAAUCGAGAAGGUCAUCAGAAGGAGAUUAUCAGUAUUCUACUUCAUCUUCCAGAGGCAGGGAAAGCUUUUGGCCUGUUUCUGAGCCACAAGCUUCCAGUUUUCCUUUUCCUCAUUUCUCGAAUCAAGAAGUUCACAUAAACAACUCAUAUCUGGAAGGCCCUCAAAAUUCCAAUUCAGGUGCCUUAUUGCAAGAUCAUUUGUUUGGAGUUGCUGCUAAUGGUGGUGUUAACCAGGUGGUUAACUGUGAACGAUUGCCUCAUAAAUCCAAUAUGGGUUCAUUUGCUGAAGAUCAGUCAUUGUUGUUGGGCGCUGAAGACCUGUCUUCUAGUAGUUAUGCAGAUGCUAGCUUAGUGUCAAAAUCUGCUGUGGAUAAGGAAGUGGGCGAACUGGAGGGGAAGGAGAAGAAAAAUGGAUCGAAAGGCAUGAUUUCAAGGACUGGUUCUGUGUCGGGGUUUGAGGACAAUAUUUUAGAGCAAGUAGAGAUGCCUUUGGACUGUGCUGACCUACAAAGUAUAACCCAUAUCCGUCAUUGUUCACUUAGUACCGGUGGCAAUGGCAGGUUGUACGGUAAUGGAAUUGGAUUAGAGAAAUCAGUUGAAGACCGUCCUAAUGAUAGGUUACUGUCUGGGGUGCUGAAUGGGGUUGAUAAAGUUGCACAGAUUUCAUCAUCCCAUGAUAUGUUUUCUGAUCAAAACGCAGUGCCAUUUGUGAAGCAGAAAAGCCUUACAAGUCAGGCAAAGAGGACAGUAGAAACGGAGGCAUCGGGCAAGAAAGAUGUGAGUAUGAGAAGGACCUCAUCUUAUAAUGAGGCUGUAGUGUCUGAAGCAUCAUUCAUGGAGAUUCUUAAGAAGCCGGCUCUUCAUGGGGCAGAGGUCCCCGUGUAUGGCUCUGCUUUUGAGCCACCAUCAUCUGAUGUUGCUUCACAAGCUGGACGAAGUGGCAAGAAAAAAGGGAAAAAGGGAAGACAGAUUGAUCCUGCCUUGCUUGGUUUUAAGGUUACAAGCAACCGCAUUUUGAUGGGUGAGAUCCAGCGUCUUGACGAUUAAUUUUUCUCGUUUACACGCGCCAUGUCUUGUUGUACAUUUCCUGUAAAUUUUUUUACUUCCUUUUUUUUGCUUUCUAUAGAUAAUUUUUAAUUUUGUAUAGAAUAUUCGAGGUAAUUAAUUGAUUUUUUUCCUUAAAAAUAAUAAAAUAUUUUACUUUUAGGAGGUAA